ACGAUUCUGACGACAAAUUAGUUGAUUCGUGUAUCAAGCCAGUCGUUUUUGAAGUAGAGAAAAAUAUUCUUUGGUUCGUUCGUCGAUACACCAUGAAUGUCUUUGCGAUUUAUUGUGUGGCAGCGGUGCUAUCUCGAGCAUCCGCAAUCGGUCCUAUCGGUUCAUUUGGCAUUGGGAAUUUGGGAAAGGUACCUAAAUGUGAACCUUCACCAACAACGACCAGUGGAACUUAUGGUACCCAUGCAGGGACGUAUUGUUCAGGCGACGUUAUUUUCGAGGAUACGUUCGAUAAGCUGGAUUUGAAGAAAUGGGAACAUGAGAAUACAUUGGCAGGAGGAGGGUCGACGCAGAAUUUCGAAUUCCAAUGGUAUACAAACAAUCGGUCGAUUUCAUUUUGUGAUGAGGGUCACUUAUUCAUCAAGCCAGCGCUAACAUCGGACGCAUUUGGAGAAACAUUUUUAACGCACGGUUCUCUGAAUCUUCAUGGAAGGACACCAGCUGACUACUGCUCAGAUCCUUCAUUCUUUGGUUGUGAACGUACUGGAACUCAUCAAAAUAUUUUGAAUCCCAUUCGAAGUGCCAGUCUCAGAACGGUGAAUUCGUUUUCAUUUAAAUAUGGAAAAGUGGAGAUUAAUGCAAAACUGCCGUCAGGGGAUUGGUUAUGGUCGGGGGUUGGACUCAUGCCUCGAGACAACUCUUAUGGUGCUUGGCCGUCAUCCGGUGAAAUAAGUUUGGUCGGAUCCAGAGGCAACAAAGAAUUAAUACAAAACGGAAUCAAUAUCGGAUCCGAACAGAUACAAUCGACCGUACAUUUCGGUCCAUUUCCAACGCAACACAUUUCCACAAAUUUUCCUCGAAAUUCACCAACUGGAAAUGCAUGGAGUAACGACUUUCAUCGCUACCAAAUGGAAUGGUCGCCAGAGAAAAUCAUCUUUAGCGUUGACGAUGUUGAGAUCGGAGUGGUCAUAGCAAAUGCCGGAUUUUGGGAUCGUGGCAAUUUCGAUAUAAAUGCCCCGGGACUACAGAAUCCAUGGAUACAAUCGACGAAAAUGGCACCAUUCGAUCAGGAAUUUUAUAUUGUUCUCAAUUUGGCUGUCGGUGGUAACAGCAAUUUUCCCGAUGAUAGUGUAAAUCCGGGUGGUAAGCCUUGGAUGAAUACCAGUCCCACUUCGAUGACCAGUUUUUGGGACGGAAAAAAUCAAUGGCUACCAACAUGGAAUGUGGAAAACUCUGAUGCCGCUUUUGUCAUCGACUAUGUUCGUGUUAGGGCACUUUAAUAAGAUGUUUGUAAGAUGUUUAGAGAUGUAGUAGUAAGUACUAGGAACAUUUAUUCAACUGUGCACAACCAACAGAGCAAAUAAAGGAUUUAAUUGACUGUA